CGAACUUGUGGAAAUGAUCAAUAGAGAUUAUGCGAGUUUCGUGGAUCUCUCUACAAAUUUAAAAGGUGUGGAUAAAGUCAUUGAAGAAGUUGCAAGACCAUUAGGAAAAAUGAGAGAAGAAAUUCAGGCAUGUUAUCAUGGCUGUUUAAACAACCUUUACGUUCGCACAACUUUUCAGAAUGUCGUGGAUUCAUUAGAAAAUCAAUUAUCCCACCGGGCCUCCAUACGAGAAAAGAAGGCUUCUUUACAACUCCUUAUCAAUAUCCAUGAAUCUGUUCGUAAAGUCGAAAAUUUAUUGUUAAUUAGCAGUGAGAGUGCAUCGUCUCUUUUAUCAAAAGAUGAUAGUGGAAAUAGUGCAAAACAAAUUGAGCGUGUGGCAAUCGAAUAUAAUCAGAUGCAAUAUCUGGUCAGCAAAGGGAAAGAUCUGCCUUUUGUGGCGAAUAUUGACUGGAGGAUCACUAGAAUAAAAGAGACUUUGCGUACAAAUUUAUCAUCUGCUCUUCGGUCUGCUUUGAACAGAGUUAAAAAUCAAUCAAACGAUGUUGCUUCAAAAGAAACCUUGACCCAAAUUUUAAGGACAUAUGCUUUGAUUGACCAAACUAAAUCCGCAGAGUCAGUGAUAAGGACAGAAUUGGUAGCUCCAAGCAUCAAUGAAGUAGUUAGCCAAUCAAAUCUUGAAAAUCAAACACAGCCAAUUCCUUAUACAUCUGCUAUAUCUUCAACACGUCCCACAAAAGCAUCCAAGGCUCACUAUAGUUUGCAUUAUUCCAAAGAACCUUUAGCACUCAUGUACAACCGGAUUCUUACAUUUAUCAACACUGAUUGGUUUAUUCUUUUGGAGAUUACAAGGAAAAUACUUAAGGGGACUAGUUUUGAAAUUUUAGUAAAUUCUAUGUGGGCUGAAGUAGUAGAAUCAGUCACAAAAAAAUUGCCGAUAAUUUUUAUCCCAGGAAUUUCUAAUGUUUUUCAUAAG